AUGCGUUUGACAACCUUCACAUCCACGGUCUUGGUGGCAAGUGUAGUCGAAGCCAGGAGUACCCUGUCCCCACGACAAGCCCAACCUCAACAGCAACUGAUUGACGUCCACCAUCAUUUCGUCCCUGAUUUCUAUGCCGAAGCUGUCGAUGCCGCUGGAGGUGAUCCAUCUGGAUGGCCAGUUCCUUCUUGGAACAUAUCCUUUGAUGACGCCUUCUCGGCCUCGCUCAACAUCACAGCGAGAAUCCUGUCAUUGACCUCACCGGGAGCUCCCAUCACUGGGGUCAACGAGACCACACGAGCUCUUGCCCGCCGCACCAACGAGUUCUGCGCCAGUCUCCAAGAGGCUCAGCCAUCUCGAGUCGGAUGCUUUGCUGCUCUGCCAGAUCUCCUUGACACCAACGGAACACUGGCUGAGAUCGCACAUGCACUCGACGAGCUCAAUGCCGAUGGAGUCACUCUGUUUACGCGAUAUGGCGACGGCAACUACUACCUAGGCAAUCCGCUGUUCGACCCUAUCUGGGAGGAGUUGAACGCUCGAAAAGCCGUCGUUUUCAUCCAUCCAGCCGCACCCGUCGAUCAUACUCUGGUGAACCGGUUCAUGCUACAACCCUUGAUCGACUACCCACAAGAGACCACCCGUACUGCAAUCGACCUGAUCACGGUACGAAAUCGACAACGCUUCCCGGAUACUAAGGUGAUCUUGUCGCACGCAGGCGGCAACCUGCCCUGGCAAUUCACUCGGUUUGCCUACUCCCGCCGUGGCGUCGAUGUAUCCCUUAUAGCCGACAACGUUACCUGGAAUCAGGCCGUCUCCGAUCUACGUUCCUUCUACUACGACCUGGCCUUGUCAUCGUCUCCCGAGAAGCUCGAUCUAUUGCUCGACCUCAUUCCGCAUGACCACCUUCUAUAUGGUUCCGAUUUUCCAUACGCCCCCAUCGCAGGCGUCACCAACUUCUACCAAGCUCUAGACGAAUACUCCUUUAACAGUUCCGAGGUUCGCGACCAGGUCUUUUUCGGCAACGCUCUGGAUCUACUGCCUCGUCUGGCUAAUGCCAUCAAUUCUACUUCUAAUUAG